AUGGCGGACCCAAUACCCAAAGAAGAUGGCGUCGUCGUCGCCGUCGCCGACGACGUGGACGAGCGCGAUCCCGUCACCGACAUCGCGGCGAGCGAGGAGGAAGAGAUCACGGCCAUGAAGCGGCGCGUGGCGGAGAUGGAGGAGGAGGCCAAGAAGCUCCGCGAGAUGCAGGCGACGCUCGAGCAGCAGUCGGCCGAUCUCUCCGAGGACAAGGAGUCGGUUGACUCGCGCAGCAUCUUUGUCGGAAACGUCGACUACUCGGCCUCGCCCGAAGAGAUCCAGGCACAUUUCCAGAGCUGCGGCUCCAUCAACCGCGUCACCAUCCUCCUGGACAAGUUCACCGGACAACCAAAGGGCUACGCCUACGUCGAAUUCACGGAGCCGAGCCUCGUGGCGCAGGCCCUCGUCCUGAACGAGAGCGUCUUCAAGGGCCGCAACAUCAAGGUGACGCCGAAGCGCACCAACGUCCCGGGCAUGACCCGCGGCCGCGGACGUGGUGGAUACCGCGGCGGCCGGGGCUUCUACGGACGAGGCGGCGGCUACCCCCCUCGAGGCGGCUACCGCGGCGGAGGCCGGGGCCGUGGCCGAGGCUUCACGCCUUACUAG